UUGAGCGAACAGAGAAGAGGAAUUACAAGUAGCAGAAGAAGAAAAACAUGUGACUGGCGCUUACUGGAGGCAAGAUGGCGGUGGCGGUACGCAGCCUGCAAGACCAGAUCGAAAAAGCCAAAGAAAGCUUGAAAAAUGUGGACGAUAAUAUCCGUAAAUUAACGGGAAGAGAUCCUAAUGAAGCCAGACCGGGUCAGCCCCGCCGGUUUGGUGGGCCCAUGGCAGGCGUCGGAGCUGGAGGUGGUAGAGGAAGAGGAUUUAACCUGCUCAGGCGCAGUCUCUCGGAUAUUGGGGGUGGUGGACCUCCUGCCAAGCAGCGGGACAUCGAAGGAGCUUUGUUAAGGUUGGCAGGAGACCAGAGGGCCAAGAGAGACUUGCGUAACGACAGCGACGCCGAGGAUGACGAUGAUGUCAAAAAGCCGGCGUUGCAGUCGUCUGUUGUAGCUACCACCAAGGAGAGAACACGCCGAGACCUCAUUCAAGAUCAGACCAUGGAUGAGAAGGGCAAACAGAGGAAUCGGCGCAUGUUCGGCCUGCUUAUGGGGACCCUGCAGAAAUUUAAACAGGAAUCGAAUGUGUGUUCGGAGAAGCAAAAGCGGCGCUCCGAGAUUGAACAAAAGCUUGAGGUUCAGGCUGAGGUUGAGAAAAAAAAGCUGGAGUGUGAAAAGAGGGAGUUGUUUGAAGAGAGAAGAGCCAAACAGACUGAGCUGCGACUACUGGAACAGAAAGUGGAACUAGCUCAGUUGCAAGAGGAGUGGACCAGCCACAACAAUUGCCUGGUGAAAUACAUUCGCACCAAGACCAAGCCUCAUAUCUUCUAUCUACCUGGAAAAAUGUGCUCCGCCACUCAGAAACUCCUCGAGGACUCCACCAAGAAACUAAAUGCUGUGUUCGAAGAGCGGCGUGAAGCAUUCGUGGAACACAUCAACAAGAUGGAAUCCCGACCACGGCGUCAACUAAACCGCGACCAGGACGGCAACACAGCGGCGGCAGGGAAGGACCACUCUGCAGAGGGUAAGCCAGCAGGUCAGGUAGUCAAGGUGAGAGGUAACAGGGAAGCUGCAGACAUGGAGGAAGAAGAAGAAGAAGAAGAUGAGGAGCAAGAGGAGAAGGAAAAGGGGGUAGAUGUUGAACAGGAGUAUGACAGAAAGGGCACAGAGAAAGAUGACCUAGACGAGGAAGGGGAUAGUAGGGACGGGUUAGUUAAGGAAGUGGAGAUGGAGUUUGAUGAAGCGGGGAAUGGUGAGAAGGAAAGGGAGGAGAACACGGUGGUCCAUGAGGAGAAAGAUGAGAAAGCAGGCCCAGGGUUAGAGGAGAUGGAAGUGGAGGGAGGGAAAGAGCAGGACAGGACCAAGAUAGAGGAGGAUGAAGACAGUAAGGACAGUAAAGAAGGGCCCUCAGACCUCGAAACUGAAAAGACUGAGAACACCCCUCCUUCUGAACCAACCACGAGCCACCAAGAGGCAUCUAAUAGCGGGCAGCUGAGCCCCAACUCGGAGGAACCAGCAGCAUUGAUGUCUGAAACCUUGGCAGUCUCUUCUCCCACCUCAAAAUCUGAAACCGCCUCCAACACCCCUGGACCAGAGCCAAUCAUUCCUGACUCCGAAGUCCAGGAUCCCACCACCCAGAACCAGGCAGAGGAAAGGGAAACGGGUGAUGAUACGGCUCCAAAGCCUCAACCCUGUUCCCAGGAUGCCCCUAGCGACCCCGCUGCACUUUUGAAGGAACAGAAAGAUGGCGCAAGGGGCAGGAAGAAAGAGAAGGCGUCAAGGAAGGGCCGCAGUCAAAGUCGCAGUUCCUCGUCUUCCUCCUCUGGCUCCUCCUCCAGCGGAAGCUCUACCUCUUCCUCUGGUUCCAGCCGCUCCUCCUCCUCGUCGUCAUCCUCUUCGUCCUCGUCGACCAACAGCAGUAGCCGAAGUCGCAGCCGGGACAGCGGAAAGCGCAACAGGAGGCAGUCGGGCAGGGACAGAAAGAAAGAAGAGAAAAGCCACCGCAAGAGAGGAGGGAGUAGUGGAGCACCAGCAGGCAAGGAUGCAAAGGGAUCCGAGGAGAGGAAGAAGAGGAGGACCGAUGAAGGCAGGAGCAGGUCGUCUCGGAGCGAUAGGGAGCAUAAAGAUAGGGACAGGAAGGACAAAAGACGCUAAACUGGGUCCCAUUUUGCUUUGUCGGCUAAAGCUAGUGGCUUUGCGGGACAAUAAACGCCCCAACAUUUGACCUAAUCACACAAACGCCUAAUAAAUAACACAUCGCCCACCAUAACAUCGACUUUAAGCAGACCUUUUUUCAGAUUUGGCCAUGGUAAAUCUAAAAAGUAAUUUUAAUAGAAAUGUAAAUUAGUGACUGACAGUCCAGCUAUUUUAAACGAUUGACGCAAAAUGUAAAAUUUUUGAUGAUUGGUAGUAUGCUGAAAGGAGUCUUUUUUUUUUUUUUUUUUUACAUAUUUUUCAUCUGAUAUUGUCUGUAAAAUCACUGGCAGUUAUGGCAGCCAUGAUAUUUUUAUCACAGUAGUUGUCUUCUAGUUUUGUGGCUACUGUGUUGUUUUGAGUCCAUGCCAUGGUUCUAAAUGUGAUUUUGUUUUUUCAAACUGUUUUUCAUUGUUUUGUAUCAACCCAUCAGCUUCAAAUUAAAGGUGAGAUAUUAGUG